UUCAGAUGUUCAGAUAUUAACCACUCACUUCCUGAAAUUACACAUUAUGUUGAAACAGCGUGACAGCUUCCCUUUGUUUUAGAACCAGCCCACAACUUAAACACAUUACAAAAUUCCAGAGUCUUGUAUGGAAGUUUGAUUGUUCCUCAUUUGCAACGGACCUUAUAGCACAUAUUGGAGUGACCCUGCAGCUUCUGUGUCAUGGCAGAUCCUGAAGAUUUUAAAAGCUUGAGAUCCAAAUUUCAAAAGGACAUUGGAGAUAAUCCUAGAACCAAGCCUAUUAUACCAGCAAAGCCUGGAGUUAAACCUAUUGUACCAGCAAAACCAAAUCUUCAGCCAAUCACUGUACGUUGCUUUCAGAAUCCAGUACCCAAAGCUUUAUCUUCUCCAGAUUUACAAGUUUCCCCUAAAAGUGAUCCCUUCAUAGCUCCAAGGAAACCAUUACUAUCACAUCAAAGCUUCUCCUGCCGGAGUAACUCUGGAUCCCUCCAUGAAGCAUGUAUCAAUAAACCAUCGGUUCCGACCACUAGACCAAUAUUACCAAGACCAUCUUUGAACACUCCUCUUAAUAAAAGCAAUGGAAAUAUUUACUUGAAUCUGAAAAAACCUAAAUUAAAACUUUUACCAAGUGAAGUUGUACUUGGACCAAAGCCAAGGAAACCUGCUCGUCCUCCUUUUGUAGAUCUUGAGAAAUUCAGGAAAUCAGAUGAUUUUGAUGACUAUGUCACAAUGAACAGUUUUCUAGUCCCAAAAGACAGAACACAAUUAACCACAUCUCAAUCCCAGCCUAACCUCACCACGUGUUAUCCAUCUUACGGUAUUCGUAAUUCAACAGGGGGAAGCCAAGAGAUCUAUGAAGAUGUAAUACAUUUUAGUUCUAUUAAGCUAUCAACUUCAUUACAGCAUUUUGUAAUAAAAGAAACGACUGGACCAGAAGAUGUGUAUGAUGAUGUUGAAACAAUCGUUGAAAUGAUAGAGAAGAAUAAACCAAAAAUUCCUGAACAAAGUUCUCCAACUGAGCAAAAUGUUUUAAUAACUAACUGGAGAAAUGAAACAAACCUUAAAAAAAUGCAAAGACAAGAACAGGAAUUUAGAAGGAAAUUCCAGUUCCAUAGGGAAAUUAAAGUAUUAACCCGAGUGAUGGUUGAUCCCAAUGCAAUACUUCAGAAAGCUGGAUAUAAAGAUCUUGACUAUAUAAGAGGAGAAAUCCUGGAUGUAAUACAGCUGACUGCUGCAGAUAAAAUAUUAUGUCGCAACUGUGAGGGGAAAUUUGGAUACGUCCCCAGAAAGGCUGUUCUCAACCUAGAGAAAAAGCUGUCCAGUAAUUUCAACAGUGAUGAAAUAUAUGAUGAUACCGAGCUGAUAUCCAAUACAUUUCCUGCUGUACCAGCCAAAUCACGAGUACAGAGUGGAUACGUGGCAAGACUUUUCCAAAGAAAUACCAGCCAAACAAGGAAACCUGAAUUGCCAAAAAGGGACAUUAUAAAACACAUGAAAGAUGAAGGCAAAGAGCUCAAAGAAUUAAGGAAAAAAUUUAAGAUUGAAGGCGAGAUAAAGGUUUUGACUCGUAUGAUGGUUGUUCCAAGUGCUGGGAACAAGAGAGGAGGUGGAAAGGAUCUACCAAUCAGUAAAGGCGAGAUCCUAGAAGUGAUCCAGUUUACUAACCAAGAAAAAAUACUGUGUCGAAAUAGUAAAGGCAAAUAUGGAUAUGUUAAAAGAAGAUAUGUUUUGCAACUUGAAAAAUAAAUGUAUGAUGGAGUUGAUACCCCAGGUUCUGGAAGUACCCAACAAAGAAGAUAAAACGCAGACUGUUUCUCUUUCUAAAUUGUAUUAUUUAUUUUUCAAGACUAUACCUGACCCCAAUGUAUUGUAAUUCACGGCUUUCUUUGAUAACCUGCCAAUGCUAACCAUUGAUGUAAAGUAUUUAAACACAAUUUGACACACUGUUUUUUUUGUUCGUUUUUACAAAAGAAAGCAAUCUGAUAUUUCUUGUGCUAAUGUCAUGAAUUAAGUGUUUUCUUUAUUGUUAUUUAAAAAAAAAAAAAAAGCAAUUUGCACUUUUUAGGCUCUACAUGAAGAACAUGGCCAACCACAAAUAAAUGAGCUUUUGUCUCUGUAUCAUCCAUAAAUAAAAAUACUGCAUGUC